UCAGACUUGCAUCAUACUUUAACAUGGAAGGCAACCUUAUCAACAUCCUUUACCUCUUAAUUUUUCUCAUCAGUUUAAAACUACUAUUCUUCAGAAAAAGGUUAAAAAACCCAGCACCAAGUCCACCAUCUCUUCCAAUAAUCGGAAACCUCCAUCAGCUGAAGAAACAGCCACUUCACCGAGCCUUGUACGACCUCUCACAGAAAUAUGGCCCUAAUAAUAUCCUCUCUCUGCGGUUCGGGUCCCAACCCGUCCUCGUCGUUUCGUCCGCAUCCGCAGCGGAAGAAUGUUUCACCAAAAACGACAUCAUCUUCGCGAACCGUUUUCGCUCUUCAUUGACAAAGUACAUCGGCUUCAACCACACCAUUAUUACAGCAUCAUCGUACGGCGACCACUGGCGCAACUUACGUCGUAUAAGCUCGCUCGAGAUUCUCUCCAACCACCGUCUCAACUCCUUUUUAGGGGUCCGAAAGGACGAGACCAUGAAGUUGCUUCGAAAGCUGGCUAAGGGUUCUGAUAAAGACUUCAGGAGAGUGGAGCUGAGGCCAAUGUUUUCGGAGUUAACGUUCAACAUUAUCAUAAAAAUGGUGUGUGGCAAACGCUACUACGGCGAGGAAUACGAUGGGACCAACGCCGAGGAGGCUAAGAGGUUUAGAGAGAUCAUGAAUGAGAUAUCGCAGUUUGGGUUGGGGUCCAACCUUGCAGAUUUUGUGCCGCUUUUCAGAUUGUUUAGUAGUCGCAAAAAGUUACGAAAGGUUGGAGAGAAGCUAGACGCGUUCUUCCAAGGACUCAUUGAUGAGCAUCGGAAUAAGAAGGAAAGUUCAAAUACCAUGAUCGGCCAUCUGCUUUCCUCACAAGAGUCACAGCCAGAGUAUUAUACUGACCAAACUAUCAAGGGCCUUAUAAUGGCGUUAUAUGUGGCUGGCACAGAGACUUCCGCUGUAGCAUUAGAGUGGGCAAUGUCCAAUUUACUGAACAGUCCAGAAGUGUUGGAGAAAGCAAGGGUUGAAUUGGACACUCAAGUUGGACAAGACCGUUUGAUAGAGGAAGCAGAUGUUACUAAAUUACAGUACCUUCAGAACAUUAUCUCCGAGACUCUGCGAUUGCAUCCACCACUGUCAAUGUUGUUGCCGCAUUUAUCAUCUGAAGACUGCACCGUGGGAAGUUAUGACGUGCCACGUAACACAAUGUUAAUGGUGAAUGCAUGGGCCAUUCAUAGGGACCCAAAAAUAUGGGCUGAUCCAACGAGCUUUAAGCCCGAGAGGUUUGAGAAUGGACCAGUAGAUGCUCACAAGCUAAUCUCUUUUGGAUUGGGGAGGAGAGCGUGUCCUGGUGCAGGCAUGGCCCAAAGAACUCUGGGCUUGACUUUAGGUUCGUUGAUUCAAUGUUUUGAGUGGAAAAGGAUUGGUGAGGAAAAAGUAGAUAUGACCGAAGGGGGGGGAACUAUAGUGCCCAAGGCCAUUCCAUUGGAUGCCCAAUGUAAAGCACGUCCGAUCAUUAGCAAGAUUUUCUAAAUUUCUUGCAAGUUUGAACUUUGGUCGACGUUCAAAUUAUCACAUUAAAUUAGUAGCCUUACAGCGAUUUUUAUUUGUUAUAAUUCUUAAAUUUACAAUGUGAUUCUUUAGUGAGUAUAUGCUUUAAUAAAAGAUAUUCGUGUAGAUUUCUCUAUA